ACUGGGACCCGCGGGGGAGGGGAGGGGAGGAAAGGGGGGGGGGUGAAUAGAAUAAAAACCUCAGCAGCCAGUCAGAGGUGUGGGAAGACAAGGAACAGCCACAGAAAAUCCGCGCACACGCGGACCAACAAUCUGAUCCGAACUUUUAAGGGGAAAUAUUAAAGGAACCCAAAGUUAUGCCGGGCAGUUGCGCUGCUGUCUUUAGGGGUGAGGCACAACAAUGCUCAUGAAAGAGCCAAAUAGGUGACUGGGAACAAGCGCUCUUUCUUGUCUUCUGCCAUUGGUUAAGAAAUUAACAGCAACGGGGAGAGAAGGGUCAUGGAAAACCCCUGGAGGAGGAGGAGGACGCAGGCGCUCAGAUGGAAGUUCCUGAGGAACUCGCUGCUGCUUUGUUUAUUCACCGGCGGCAGUAAAGCCCAGUGUGAAGGCUGCAUGGAGUACUGCUGCGAUGGAUCGCCACCUUUCUGCUGCUCCUACUACGCCUACGUGGGGGACGUCCUCUCGGGCACUGCCAUAUCUGGUAUCGUUUUUGGUGUGGUGUUUCUGAUGGGGGCGGUGGCAGCCCUGUUCCUGUGCGUGUGUAUGUGCAUGAAGAACGGGCGGGGCUCGCGGGUCGGUGUGUUCAGCACCUCCUACAUCAACACUGUGACACAGGGCUACCCAGGUCCUCCACCUCCAUACAACUAUGACUACGAAAUGUACCCUCCCUCGCUACACCCCCCGCCUUACACCCCGACUCAGCCUCGACCGGCCAACUACUCCCCACCUCCUCCGUACCCUGGCUGCACCCGCAAGUGAAUCCCUGCAGCACAGAUCAUCCCCCGGCCAGCUCAUAACAAACGGUCAUGGCCUGGUUUUCCACACCUGGAGAUGGUUGUACAUCUCUAGGCGUCUAAAGACAAUUUAACGGG